GAAAUAUACCCUGGAAGCAGGACUUCCUCCUAGAGCCUCUGGUCGUAUUCAUAAGGAAGUGACUUUCCCUUCAAGUACCAGAGUGUUUGUGGCUGUCUGGAGCGUGGAACCCUGAAGUAUGAUGCUCUUAGUAGUUUUAACAUGUUUGCUGGCAGGCUGCCUGGCUCAGGACCCUCACCCAUGCUCAAGUCCUCCUCUUCUGAGCGGAAGCCUCUCUGUGGCCACACAGAAUGAAAAGCUGUGGACUUACGGCAGAUACCUGUACGAUGCACUGGGACAACGGGUCCGUAUCAUGGAGCUGGGCGCUUACGAGAAUAAGUCAUUCACCUAUGACGCGCUUCUGCUGUACAGAGAGAAAACCAUGUAUGAGAUUAACGAACAUGACCGCACAUGCAAGAAAAAGCCUCUGAAGGCAGACUUCCACCCUAUGGCAAUCCCAAAAGAUGCGUCUCUGCUGGGCCAAUAUGUUCUGGGCAGCUCGUCUGGACCUGGAGAAGGACUCCUGGUCAACACUUGGACGGGAGAUCUGCCCGACAAAACAGGAAAGUUCAUGUCCACAGUCACUGAAUUUGGUUGUGUUCCUAUAAGCACUGUGUACCACACUAGCCAGUAUGGAUGGGUGGUGACAAGCUUCUUGAACAACGUCCUUGGGAUAUCAGACCCCGGUCAGCUCAACCCUCCAGACUUCUGCCUGGAUGAAGAGAUGAGGGCUGAUGAAGAGCAGACAGACUUUCUCAGCUUGUUCCUUAAUAACAAGCUCUGAGGGCCUCCUUAAACUAAUGAUUUGAAAAAAGAAAAAAAAAAGUGCAGCUACUGAAUCAUAUCUUUGUUAUGUGAUAUACAUCACAUUUACUCUGCAAUAACGUGUAAUUCCAAGCAUCUGGAGCAUCUCAGACAUGACAUCAAUCACUUUUUUUUAUAUUUCUGUCUAUUUUCAUAUUGACAAUGUAUUAAAAAGCUAACAAAAGAUGCUGAUGUGUGACCACAUGUAAUUUUUAUUAAUAAGCUUAUAAAAAUAAAAAAUAAAAUUCAUAUAUGUCA